GAAUUAUUUUUGUGUAAACGAAACAACACAAUUAUUAGUGUGUCAUCCGUCAAAAUCUCUAACCCAACGUAAUAAUUUUUGAUUGGCAGUGGUGCUGAUUGUAAAUUAAAGAAUGUGUUUAUAUACUGGAUAUAUUUAAAAACUAGUUUAUUAUUUAAUUUCAAUACUACUUUUAAAAAUGUUUGGGCAUAGACUGUUGGUGUGGUGUCUGAUUUUCACAGGAUUUCUAGUUUGUUGCAGAGGCAACAAAGACAACAUGUACGAACGUAUCAAUGGAGUUGCUGUUUGUUUUCGUAGGUUGAAUGGCACUCAUCAGUUUGGAUGUUCGUCUGAAAGGGGUGGUAAUGUUGGAGUUAUUCAUUUCGUACAAGAGGUGGCGGAUCGUGAUUGGCUCUUGGAGAAUGGUACCAAUGAGCCUUACAUGGCAGUCUUACCACCGAAAAUGUUUACGUGGGACAUCAUGAUGUCGCUCAAGGAAUCGAACAAAGUGAGUGGUGUGGUCUUGUUCGACAACGGGACCGCCUCCGACAAGCCCGGCAACUUCUCCCACGAGGAUGUUUGCCCCAACCGAUACUCCGGGCUGUCGUCGGCCGGCAGCCAGACGUGCAGCGACGAGAAGCCGUGGAACCCGUUCGGCACCGGUCUCAUGCUGGUCGACUGGGGGUUCCCCAUGUUCUUCACGGAUGACAAGGAUAACAUCUCUGCCUUGCACGAAUGCUACAAGAAGUUUAAUGCAGCAUCUGAAGAUGGAGAUAAUAAUCCUUUAUGUGCACUUCAAAUGAAUUCCUUCAUGUUUGCUGCUGUAGAUUCUAAAACGUGUGUUCGUCGGAGUUCUAUAGUCAGCAAUUUGAAACCAGUUCAUUACUGCGAUGCCCUGGGCGACCGCAACGUGUGGUGGUCGCUGUUCCCCCGCUCGAAGCGCUCGCCGGCCAACGAGAACGGCUCGGUGAUCGUCGUGGCCGCCCGGAUGGACGGCACCUCCAUGUUCGACGGCCGGGUCCCCGGGGCGGUCGCUCCCGUGUCGGCCCUCGCGACCUUGCUCGCCACGGCGCACUUCCUCUCCCACAUGAUGCCCGCGCAAAAUCCCGACGACAACGGUACGAACGUGCUGUUCGUGCUGUUCAACGGCGAGUCGUACGACUACAUCGGCUCGGGCCGCAUGCUGUGGGACAUGCAGCAGGGGAGGUUCCCGGCGGCGCCGGACGAUGCGGUGCGCGACCAGCCCCCGCCCUUGGAGCCGGGCCACGUCGGCCUGUUCGUCGAGCUGGGCCAGCUGGGCAGGCACGCCGGCUCGGAGCUCUACUUCCACUCCUCCCGGCCGAAGAACAGCCUCGGGCAGCGGGCACUGGUGGAAGCGUUCAUGAACCAGACGAGCAGCGUGGGGGCGGAGUACGGGCUGAGCUUCAGCAGCGUGGGCGGGGUGCCGCCCUCCUCGCUGCAGACCUUCCUGGCGGCGGACGCCAGCUUCCCGGGCCUGGUGGUCACCUCCCACGGCGAUCAGUUCAAUAACAGGUUCUACCACAGCAUUUAUGACAACGUAGAGAAUGUUGAUUACACGUACCAGAAUGGUAGCAGCCCACAGCUCGACUCCAUCCAGACUUUCCUGACCAACGUUUCAUUCUCUCUGGCAACGUCGCUAUACAAUAUCAUCACCAAGAAGUCCUACAGGGGUGAUGUCGCAGCAAAUGCAACUUUGGUGGACGAACUGUUGCACUGCUACCUGGACACGCCGGACUGCCCCAUGUUCCGCGCGGCGACCUUCGAGCAGAAGCUGCCGCCGGGGACGCAGUCCCUGUACGUGGGCGUGAACGUCUGGCCCAACGUCCUCACCUCGCUGACGGGCCAGCUGCUGGCGUGGCUGACGCACGUCGGGGGGUCCAACCGCUCGCGGGAGGAGUGCCACGGCGACUGGCAGGACCAGGUGUAUCAGUACAUCUGGAUGUCGGGAGACACAGAAGAGGGCAUGUGCGUGGAAACGACCAUGAACUAUUCCACCGCCAUUAGUCCGGCUUUCCUCAUUCCAGAUUAUGACUGGUCAUCAGGCAAGUAUUCAACGUGGACGGAAUCUGUCUGGCAGGAAUUGUCAGUGCGGAUGUUCCUCAAACCUUCCCGCAAUGUGGAAAUUCUCACGUUUACACUUGGUGUGUGUAUUUUUAUUACAUCCUUUGUGGUUGUGUUCCUCAUGGACUGCCGCUCCCACAUUCUGUUUGGGAACAUGCCCAGUGCUGAUGAUUGCUAGGGGUCGGAUGCAAAUCGGAUAUCCUUGGCCACUUUCCGCGGCACGCCCCUGUAAAAACCGGGGAGGCCGCCGCCUGCCGAGUUAGGAUAUGUGAUUUGCAAGCUCGCAAGAAUUGGAGAUCUCCGCCGGUGCAUUCGCUGUGCUGACUGCGUGCCGGGACAGAAUUUUGACACUGUGGUGUGUUUUUGGUGCCGUGCAAGACAAGAGUGGACAAUAGUUCAGACGCUUCAAUGCAGAACGCUACAUGGCAUGAUUGUUGAACUUCAGAAUUUUUAGCACGGUCAACCUAGAAACAAAUUAAUGUGUAAGGUAUGGCGUAAGUAUGUAAUGAUAUGGUGGUGUAAUUUCUAAUUAGUGAUGAGAUGAUGGUAUGUCAUUGUGAUGUUCAACAUAGCAACUAAAAUAGUAUUUUAUUAAAUUUAUAAUUUUUUUAAGUAAAUCAGUGGAAUAGGAAAUUAUAAAGCACAUCAGGAAAAAAAAAAUUGUAUUUUAAUCCUCAACAUUAAGUAAUUUACAGCAGGCUAGAUGCUGAAAAUAAAUGCCAUCUUGUUUGU